GAAAGAUAACAGCAGCCCUGCUCUCCUUCUGCUCAUCUUCACCAGCAUCUCGCUGUCUUUUGCUGCCUCUCAUCCACCAUGUUGUUCCGUGCUGCGGCCCGUCAAGCCGCGCCCUUGAGGCGUCAGGCCUUUGCUCCCAUUGCCCGUCGCUCCGUCACCACCGACGCUGCCUCGGCGCAUGCUGAGAACGUUCCUCAGGAGGAUGACAAGCCCUUCACCGUCCGCCUCUCCGACGAGAGCUUCGAGACCUACGAGAUCGACCCUCCUCCCUACACUCUGGAGAUCACCAAGAAGGAGCUGAAGCAGAUGUACUACGACAUGGUUGCCAUGAGACGCAUGGAAAUGGCCGCCGACCGUCUCUACAAGGAGAAGAAGAUCAGAGGUUUCUGCCACUUGUCCACCGGUCAGGAAGCCGUCGCCACCGGUAUCGAGCACGCUAUCUCCCGCGACGACAAGGUCAUUACUGCCUACCGUUGCCACGGUUUCGCCCUGAUGCGCGGCGGUACCGUCCGCUCUAUCAUCGGAGAGCUGCUCGGUCGCCGUGAGGGUAUCGCCUACGGCAAGGGUGGUUCCAUGCACAUGUUCGCCCCCAACUUCUACGGCGGUAACGGUAUCGUCGGUGCCCAGGUCCCCGUCGGUGCCGGUCUGGCUUUCGCCCAGCAGUACAACAACGAGAAGGCCACCAGUAUCGUCCUGUACGGUGAUGGUGCCUCCAACCAGGGUCAGGUCUUCGAGGCCUUCAACAUGGCCAAGCUGUGGAACUUGCCCGCCCUGUUCGGUUGUGAGAACAACAAGUACGGCAUGGGUACCUCCGCCGCCCGCUCCUCCGCCCUGACCGAAUACUACAAGCGCGGUCAGUACAUCCCCGGUAUCAAGGUCAACGGCAUGGACGUCCUGGCCACCAAGGCCGCCGUCAAGUACGGAAAGGACUACGCCACCUCGGGCAACGGACCCCUCGUCUUCGAGUACGUCACCUACCGCUACGGUGGUCACUCCAUGUCCGACCCCGGUACCACCUACCGCAGCCGUGAGGAGAUCCAGCGCAUGCGCAGCACCCACGACCCCAUCGCCGGCCUCAAGCAGAAGAUCCUCGACUGGAGCGUCUGCACCGAGGAGGAGCUCAAGGCCCUCGACAAGGCCGCCCGCACCCACGUCGACAGCGAGGUCGCCAUCGCCGAGAAGAUGCCCGCCCCCGACAGCACCCCCCGCAUCCUGUACGAGGACAUCUACGUCCGUGGCAGCGAGCCCCGCUGGAUGAGAGGCCGCACUGUUGACGAGACCUACUACUACUAGAAAGUUUCUCUUCAAGCAGUGAUGUGCCAGGAAAAUAGAGGUGAAAGAGAGCAAAGAGAGGUCCGGUGAUGAAAGGAAUACCUAUUAAGGAUGAUGGUGAUGAUGGGAUUUGGAUGGACAACACAAACAGGAAAGAAGUGGUGGCCUUCCCGCCUACCUCUUUUUCCGUUUGGGAUACACACACAGGAUCUCUUUAAAACCUCCCACAUUCUCAUACACACACUCACACAACUCUCAUGGAACGUUUGUUAUCAAACUAUGUAAUUUAGCCGGGAAUUAUCAUUAUUUUUUUUAUCGUGUUUACGCUUUUGUGCUUUGGUGGGACGGACUGCGUGCUAUACACUCUGUCAUGCUAUAGUUUGAGGGAAAUAAGGACUGCGAUGUUCGACAUUCAUUAUCAUUGCGAUUCCUGGCUUCUUGAUGUGCUAGAUGGACAGCUGGCCGGUCAUCAACCCACCCUUCCAUCCAUCCAUCCAUCCGUCC